AUGGAGAGUAGUGGAAGUUUAGAAAAUGUGGAUAGUAGAGUUCCCGAGUUGAACAUCAAUGAAGAAGAAAGGAGCGAUGAGAUUAAGAAAGAAGAAGAGUUGUCAGUGGAGCAGAUCUUUGCAAAGAAAGAGGUUCCUUCAUGGAAGAAACAAUUGACAAUAAGGGCAUUCGUUGUGAGCUUCGUGUUGUCAGUGAUGUUCUCGUUCAUAGUAAUGAAGCUUAAUCUCACUGUUGGUAUAAUACCGUCACUAAAUGUAUCGGCUGGCUUGUUGGGUUUCUUCUUUGUCAAGACGUGGACGAAGUUACUUGAGAGAUCAGGGUUGUUGAAGCAACCUUUCACUCGUCAAGAAAAUACUGUUAUUCAGACAUGUGUUGUCGCCGCUUCUGGCAUCGCCUUUAGUGGUGGGUUUGGGAGUUACCUAUUUGCGAUGAGCGAGCGUGUAGUGAAACAAUCGGAGAAAACUCAAGAUGGAUUAGAGUACAAGAAUCCAGAACUCGGAUGGAUAAUUGGCUUUCUUUUUGUAGUCAGUUUUCUUGGUCUAUUCUCUUUGGUUCCACUCCGAAAGAUCAUGAUAGUAGACUUCAAACUGACGUACCCAAGUGGUACUGCGACUGCACAUCUUAUUAACAGCUUCCACACUCCCGAGGGAGCCAAACUAGCCAAGAAGCAGGUCAGAGAAUUGGGCAAGUUUCUCUCUUUUAGCUUCUUAUGGAGUUUCUUUCAAUGGUUCUUCACCGCUACUGAUGAUUGUGGUUUCCAAAAGUUCCCGACAUUUGGACUAAAAGCAUUCGAGUACAAGUUUUACUUUGAUUUCUCAGCAACUUAUGUUGGAGUCGGGAUGAUUUGCCCCCAUAUUGUAAAUGUAUCGGUUCUGAUUGGAGGAAUUCUUUCGUGGGGUAUCAUGUUGCCGCUUAUAGAAACUAGAAAGGGUCAUUGGUAUACUGAUCUUGAUCCAGAUAGUAUGCAGGGCCUUAAAGGAUACACGGUAUUUAUAGCCAUUGCUUUGAUACUGGGUGAUGGCUUAUACAGUUUCGCUAAAGUGCUGACCCAAACUAUGGCUGAUUUGCACAAGAAAAUUCGGAACAGAAAAGCAAUGCCUCUCCCAGUGUCUGAGCACUCUUCUCCGGUCACCAAAACUCUAUCUUAUGAUGACCAGUGUCGGACUCAACUCUUCCUCAAGGAUCAAAUCCCAACAUGGCUUGCUAUUGGAGGCUACAUAGCCAUUGCUUCAGUAUCGACUGCUACACUUCCACACAUCUUCCACCAGCUCAAGUGGUACCACAUUAUAGUAAUCUACACUUUUGCACCAGUAUUGGCAUUCUGUAAUGCAUUUGGAUGUGGACUCACGGAUUGGUCACUAGCUUCAACUUAUGGAAAGCUUGCAAUCUUUACUAUUGGAGCAUGGGCAGGUGCCUCACACGGAGGAGUUUUGGCAGGUCUGGCAGCCUGUGGAGUCAUGAUGAACAUUGUUUCCACAGCCUCCGACCUUAUGCAAGAUUUCAAGACAGGCUAUAUGACACUAGCUUCACCUCGUUCCAUGUUCGUGAGCCAAGGGAUUGGAACUGCAAUGGGAUGUGUGAUAUCCCCAUGUGUAUUUUGGAUCUUCUACAAGGCUUUCCCUGACCUAGGGAUGCAGUCGAGCGAAUAUCCUGCUCCCUUCGCUUCAAUUUACUAUAAUAUGGCUAAAUUGGGGGUUGAGGGCUUCUCAGCAUUGCCAAAAGAAUGCCUCAAAUUAUGUUACGCCUUCUUUGCUGCGGCCAUUUUAAUCAACAUAAUUAGAGAUGCUCUGGGAAAGAAACGAUCGUGGUUUAUUCCACUUCCAAUGGCAAUGGCAAUACCGUUCUUUUUGGGUUCCUAUUUCGCCAUCGACAUGUGUAUUGGAAGCCUAAUUCUAUAUAUCUGGCAGAAGAGGAAUAAGGCGGGCGCAGAUGCUUUCGCACCAGCUGUAGCUUCUGGUCUAAUUUGCGGUGAUGGGAUAUGGGCUUUGCCUAGUUCCAUACUUGCCCUGGCUGGCAUCAAACCUCCUAUUUGCAUGAAGUUCCUUUCAAGGUCAUUGAACAGCAAAGUCGAUGGUUAUUUAGGAUCCUAG